UUAACUUCUGAUUUUGUGUUUCCACCUGGCAAAAAAUCAAAGUGGGCUCAAACUAAACUUACCACAAUUUUGAUAAGGCUCAUUUUUUAGCCAAACCCCUCUGGCCCCCUCUGCCGUUUUCAUUUUCUCCAUUAGGCAUGUAUUUGUUUGUUCUCUAGCGGUUCUGCUAAAAAAUUGAUUGAUGAAGGGAGAAUUGUAGAGCCAAAACAAACUAUACCCAAUACCCUCUUUCAUUUUUCAUCCAUGGAGCCAAAUUCUAGCACCACCACCCUGCAACACCACCACCAUAGCCAUGAUUCUGAGCAUUGCAGCUUGGAAAUAACAACAAUGGAGGUGCACAGAGUGGUGCCACCACCCCAUAAAACCACCAUUCAAAAGCUCAAAUCCAGGCUCAAAGAAACCUUCUUCCCUGAUGACCCUCUGCGCCAGUUCAAAAACCAGUCUGUACAGAAAAAAGGGAUCCUUGCUGCUCAAUACAUCUUCCCUAUUCUCGAAUGGGGUCCCUGUUACAGCUUCAAACUCUUCAAAUCCGACGUAGUCUCUGGCCUCACCAUUGCCAGCUUAGCUAUACCUCAGGGUAUCAGUUAUGCUAAACUCGCCAAUCUGCCUCCCAUUGUUGGCCUCUAUUCUAGCUUUGUGCCGCCGCUUGUUUAUGCGGUUCUUGGAAGCUCCAGAGACCUUGCAGUCGGGCCAGUUUCGAUUGCUUCUCUGAUUCUGGGCUCAAUGCUCGGCCAAGAAGUGUCUCCCACAAAAGACCCUCUUCUGUUUCUUCAACUGGCGUUCACUACAACUUUCUUCGCCGGUGUUGUUCAAGCUUCUCUGGGAUUUUUGAGGCUCGGAUUUAUCAUUGAUUUUCUGUCGAAAGCUAUUCUUGUUGGAUUCAUGGCGGGUGCCGCCAUUAUUGUUUCUCUGCAACAGCUUAAAAGCCUCCUUGGAAUCACUCAUUUCACAAAACAAAUGGGUCUGGUUCCUGUAAUGAGUUCUGUUUUUCACACAACUAAUGAGUGGUCAUGGCAAACAAUAUUGAUGGGGUUUUGCUUUCUUGUAUUCCUUCUUGUUACAAGGCAUCUUGGUAUGAACAGACCGAAAUUCUUCUGGGUGUCAGCUGGAGCCCCUCUUGUCUCUGUGAUCAUUUCUACUUUUCUCGUUUUCGCAUUGAAGGCUCAACACCAUGGCAUCAGCACAAUUGGGAAAUUGCAAGGAGGACUGAAUCCCCCUUCAUGGAAUAUGUUGAGGUUUCAUGGAAACCGUUUGGGACUAGUCAUGAAAACUGGGCUUGUCACCGGCAUUAUUUCUCUCACUGAAGGAAUUGCAGUAGGAAGGACUUUUGCAGCUCUUAAGAAUUAUAAAGUUGACGGUAACAAGGAAAUGAUAGCAAUUGGGCUAAUGAACAUGGUUGGCUCCUCCACUUCAUGCUACAUUACAACAGGUGCAUUCUCAAGGUCUGCUGUCAAUCACAAUGCAGGCGCUAAGACAGCGGUGUCAAAUGUGGUAAUGUCAGUAACAGUUAUGGUGACUCUCCUCUUCCUCAUGCCACUCUUCCAGUACACACCAGAUGUUGUUCUGGGUGCGAUCAUAGUGUCAGCAGUGGUUGGCCUCAUUGACAUUCCAGCUGCUUAUCAAAUUUGGAAGGUCGACAAAUUUGACUUCCUUGUUAUGUUGUGUGCGUUAUUAGGUGUCAUUUUCAUCUCUGUCCAAGAUGGCCUUGCAAUUGCAGUUGGGAUAUCAAUUUUCAAGAUCCUCCUACAAAUCACUAGGCCAAAAACAGUGAUGUUGGGAAAGAUUCCUGGGACAGACGUUUACCGAAAUCUUCAGCAUUACAAGGAAGCUGUGAAGGUUCCUGGUUUUCUCAUUUUAAGCAUUGAAGCUCCAAUCAACUUCACCAACACCACAUAUCUAAAUGAAAGGAUCUCACGGUGGAUCGAUGAAUAUGAAGCGGAAGAAGAUCUGAAAAAUCAAUCAAGCCUUAAAUUUGUAAUUUUGGAUGUGUCAGCUGUCAGUGCCAUAGACACAAGUGGAGUUUCUUUCUUCAAAGAUUUAAGGACAAUAAUGGAAAAGAAGGGUCUUGAGCUUGUGCUGGUGAAUCCUUUGGCUGAAGUGAUAGAAAAAUUGCACAGAGCAGAUGAAGCUGGAGAUUUCAGAAGACCAGAUAGCUUGUUCUUGACAGUUGGAGAGGCUGUGGCUGUACUUUCAUCAACAAUGAAAGGCUCAUCUUCCACUCAUGCAUGACUACACAAAGGAUAUUUGUAUUUGUACCCCAAAUAAUUCUUACAGUAAACUUCCUUCUUGUGCUUCACAAGUGAGGCCCUCAUUCAUUUUGUGCUUCAUUGUAUCUUCGUAGGCUAUCUCGUGGGUACAUUUGAAGUUGAACAAUGUUGUUUGUGGUGGUGCCUAUGGUCCUGGAUUGGAUUUGAGCCGGUUCGAGCUCUAACGAACUAAUUUUGAGUUAAAGAAAUUUCAACUUGUUGAGUUUGAUUUAAGCUUAAAAUUAAUGUCAUUAUCUGAGCUUGCCUUGUUGGA